CAAAACAAUGGCAUUUUUGUAGUACUUAAGACCGUCACAAAACUCACAACAAACUAUCCCUCAAGAUAAUAGACACAAUCACUUGAUAGGAAGAACAAGAAUAGGAAUAGAACACAGCAAUAAAAUACAACAAGAGACACAAGAUUUUAUCAUGGUUCAGUCUCAUAAAAAAGACCUACAUCCAGACUACCUUAGGCCCAUGAAAUCUCCACUAUCUUGACAACUUUACAGCAAUUAUAUGAACUAGGAAAACCCUUUCUUUUCCUUAGUCUAAAACCCUAGACUACCAAGAGAAGAAAUCCCAAGAGAAAAAUAGAAUCUCUCAGCCUAGCUCACCCGCACAACCCUUACAAGAUAAUCUUGAGAUCUCACACCCACAACCGAGCCCUCCCAGCCCCUAUUUAUAAAGCAUAGAGGCGGGUAAGGUAGUUACAACUAACUGCCCCUAUCCUGACCGGAUUUAACUAAUUACCAGACAACUUGGAAACAAAUUAACUAAUACAUAUUACAAAUUAAAAAUAUGCUAACAGACUUCCCAAAGGAAAUACUAAGAACAAAAACUAAUAUAAAAACAAAUGACUUCACAAUUUGAUAUAUUAGUUCUAGGAAUAUAUAAUAAAGGAGCUAAAACCCCAAAUGGGCUAAUGAGGCAUUUAUAUUUUUGUCUUCUUUCUCUCGAAUAGGUUCUCUGUUUCGAAUAUGGUAUCAGAGCACUAUUAGGGUUUGGGUUCGCCUCUCUUCUUCGUCGGUUCUCUGUUUUCAGUUUCUUUUCUGGUUAUUUGCUUUGCUUCGACGAGCCAUCUACGGUAAUAUGUAUCGUUUCCGUUUUCAUUUAUCUUCUCCGAUUUUCUGAGUCGAUUUUCUUCGGUCGGUUUAUUAUCUUGGACAGAUCUGUGCUUCUUUCAAUAGAUCUGUGUUUCUUCGUCGAUUUCAUCUGGCGAUCUUGGACAGAUCUGGUUUUCUUCCAACAGAUCUAUGUUUCUUGUCGUUUUCAUCCGACGACUUGGCGUUCUUGUGUCUCUUUCAACAGAUCUGUGUCUCUUCCUGGUUUGUUGUCUUCCUUUGUUUCUUAUGGGGUCUAUCGCUUCUGAUGCAACUUCCUCAUCGAUGAGUCAUUCCGCCAUCAAUGAUGGUUCCAGCCCGUUCUUUAUCCAUCAUUCGGAUAGUCUUGGUCUUAUCCUUGUAUCUCAGUCGCUGACUGGAGAGAACUAUGUUUCCUGGAGCUGUUCGAUGACGAUUGCAUUUUCCGUAAAGAACAAGCUAGGUUUCAUCAACGGUACAAUUGUGCGACCUUCAGGUGAUAUUACUUUACUUAAUGCCUAGAUUCGGAGCAAUAAUAUUGUCAUUUCGUGGAUCUUAAACUCUGUUUCUAAAGAAAUUUCUGCAAGUUUGAUAUAUUAGGAAUCUGCAUUUGAUAUAUGGAAUGAUCUUAAAGAUAGAUUUCAAUAGAGUAAUGGUCCUAGAAUAUUUCAAUUGAGACGUGAGAUGAUGAACUUAAAUCAAGGUCAAUUAUCUGUAAGUGCAUAUUUCACUAGACUUAAGGCUGUCUGGGAUGAGUUAAACAAUUUUAGACCUAUGUGCACAUGUGGAAAGUGUUCUUGUGCAGGUACAAAGUCACUUGCAGAUCAUUACGAUAUGGAAUAUGUAAUGUCCUUUUUAAUGGGCCUGAAUGACUCAUAUGCUCAAAUCCGUGGUCAAUUGCUCCUUAUGGAUCAUUUACCUCCCAUAAAUAAGGUUUUUUUCCUUAAUAUCUCAAGAAGAAAAUCAAAGAGCUGUGAUGAAUACUAAUGGUGUAAUACCUUAUACCUGUGUGAGGUCACCGUGUAAUUUAGAUGAAUUUAAAAUAUCAAAAAGUGGGUUUAAAAGUAAAAUAAGUCGUUGAAUCGACCGAAGGGGGUACCUCGGACCCUAGAUAAUUAAGAAAAAUGGUAUAGCAUCAUCAAGUAAUAUAAGUUAUGAUUUUUGGUGAUAAAAGAAAUUGGAUCGGAAAUAGUUUUCGGUACAACUGUUGACCAGGCUGAGAAAAUCGAAUCGACGUAAGAGAUGUCUGAAAAGUCAACGGAGCAUGUCAAUGACUAAUAUUUUAUGUAUAGAACAACCCUUAAGUGAUUCCGGGUUGAAUCGAGUGGAUUUAGGGUCAAAACGAUCAGUCGAGCCUAAGUGCAAUUUUCUAAAUUUGCAUGAGGAAAGUCAAAACGAUAAUUUUUUGAAAGUUUCAAGGGAGAAAUGAGAAGUACUAAUCUUGAGGGUCUUAGUGAUGGUCUUGGGAAGACCAGGGGCUUGAGGAUAAGGACCAAAAUGCAAAAGAAAAUCUUAAGAGGGCUAAACUGCAAUUUUCGAAAAUCUGCCAAAGCAUGGAAGAUCUGGCAGCAAUUUUUGGCCAAAAAAUCCAAAGAUUUGGGCAGUAAAUCUCGUCAGGGCAUGGCCAAGGGUAGUUUAGGAGGCGUGUGGGAGAAGACAUGGUCGGAAAUUGGCCACAUGUGGGUCGGUUUUGGCCUAUAAAUAGCAAGGGUUCUUGGCCGAAUUUGGAGUAGCAAAUCGCUCGAGUUUGAGGACGAAUCAAGGGAAGCCAACAAGGGGCUUUUGAUCUUUGAGGCAAGAGGAGCAUUUCUGGUAAGUUUCGUGAGUUUUCAAGGUGGUUUGAAGGUGUUACAAGGGUGGCCGAAAAGUUGCAUGCGGUGGCCGGAUCGGGAUUGAUUUUGUCGGAUUUAAAGUCCUUCCGGUGGUCGUUUCGGGCACCUAAGGGUACCCUUGUGAUCGACGAAGAGAGAGCUUCUAGGAGGUGUGGUCGGGGUCAAAUUCCGGUCGUCGGCCGGCGACUAGCUCGUCGGAGAAGACGAUGUGCGUGCAGUGCACACGCUGUCUUCACUAGCAGAAACGCGCCUAGGCGAAUGGGGGCACGUGCAGGGUGCCUUACGGCUUAAAGUGAAGUGACUCAUGUGAAGUUCGAGGUGGGCACGCAAAUUGAGGCAUAUCACGCUUUUCGAGGAAAUCAAGUUGCGUCUAAAGGUGAAUGGUGAUGGGACUAAUCAAGUAAAGAGUCAAGACAUGGACAAUUUUAUGCAGUCUUUGACUCCCACACAGUAUCAAAAUCUACUAAGUAUGUUGGGUACUCAUCUGUCUGAUGUUAAGAUUGAUGCGAAUGCUUCAAAAACCUCUGAUCAGGCGUCAGACGCUAAACGAUUGAUUGGUCGGAGAUUUAAUGAUGAGUCAGUGCAAAGUGACCUGAAAGUUUGGCCUUUCAAAGUUGUAGCUGGUCAAGGGGAUAAGCCCAUGAUCCAGGUCACCUACAAAGAUAAGCAGAAGCAAUUUGCUGCGGAGGAGAUAUCAUCAAUGGUACUCCUGAAGAUGCGAGAGAUUGCAGAGGCCUUUCUUGGAUCAACUGUAAAGGACGCGGUUGUCACUGUUCCGGCCUACUUCAAUGACUCACAGCGCCAGGCCACCAAGGAUGCUGGACUUAUUGCUGGCUUGAAUGUCAUGAGCAUCUUAAAUGAGCCCACUGCUGCUGCCAUUGCCUAUGGGUUGGAAAUGAAUGCGGGUAGUGAUAUAGACAAAAAUGUGCUUAUCUUUGAUCUUGGUGGGGGGACUUUUGAUGUCUCGCUUUUGACUAUGAAGCAGGGUGUCUUUGAAGUGAAGGCCACAACAGGUGACACUCACCUUGGUGGGCAAGACUUUGAUAAUAGAAUGGUGAACUAUUUCGUUGAGGAGUUCAAGAGGAGGCAAAAGAAGAACAUAAUAGGAAGCCCCAAAGCUCUUCAGAGGCUAAGGACUGCUUGUGAGAGAGCAAAAAGGCAUCUCUCAUUGACUACAGAAACCACCAUUGAUAUCGAUUGUCUAUUCGAGGGUAUUGAUUUCUUCACAACAGUUACUCGUGCUAAAUUUGAGGAUCUCAACAUGGAUCUCUUCAAGAAGUGUAUAGAGCUGGUUGAAAAAUGUUUAACGGAUGCCAAUGUGAGCAAAAGCAGCAUCCAUGAUGUUGUCCUUGUUGGUGGCUCUGCAAGAAUUCCUAAGGUGCAGCAGAUGUUGCAGGAUUUAUUCAACGGAAAGGAACUAUGCAAGAGUAUCAACCCUGAUGAGGCUGUUGCCUACGGUGCAGCUGUUCGAGCUGCAAUUUUGGGUGGAAACGCUACCGAGAAAAUCCAUGACCUAGUAUUAUUGGAUGUUACCCCUCUGUCUCUCGGCAUCGGCAUUUCUGCGGGCGGUGGUGUUAUGUCGGUUGUGGUUCCGAGAAACACUAGUAUUCCAACCAAGAAGAAGGAAGGGUUCACUACUGCGCAUGAUAACCAGGCUAGUAUAUUGAUUAAGGUGUACCAGGGUGAGAGAACAAGAGUUAGCGACAAUCAUUUUCUCGGUGAAUUCCUCUUUGCCAAUAUUCCUCCUGCCCCCGCAAGUAGUCCUAAGAUCGGUGUCUGUUUUGAGAUUGAUGCAAAUGGUAUCCUACGCGUCUCCGCUGAGGAGAAGGCAACUAGUCAAACAUGCGGGAUCACCAUCACCAAUGAAAAUGCGAGAUUGUCCAAAGAAGAGAUUGAUAGAAUGUUACAGGAGGCGAUGAAGUAUAGGGCUGAAGAUGAGGAGCUCAAGAGGAAGAUGGAAGCUAAGAAUGCUCUCGAGGUCUAUGUGUACAAGCUAAAAAAUGCUCUCCUGGAUCAAAAUAUUACUACCAAACUGUCACCAGCUCAAAAGAGGGAGAUGGGAGAAGCAAUCGAGGAGGCCACUGAGUGGCUGGAUUGCAAUCGGUUUUCAGAAGUAUUGAAAUUUGAAGAAAAACAGCAUCAUCUGGAAAGCAUUUGGAACCCUAUUAUCACCAAGAUUUACAAGUGAAACAGGUGACAAAUUUGAAAUAGCCAACACAGCUUGUUUAAAUAAUAUUGUAAUAUUUGUAUGGUGGUGGCCUCUCUCAGUAAUCAACAAUCAGCAUGGAGAGUCAUUUUUGUUGGUUUUAUCCGCUAUUUGGGGGCUUAAAAUUAAGUUAAAAUAAGGUACCGAGUGGUGCUUGGUCAACAAGUAUUCUAAAAUUGUACUUAUGUUUCUACUGAAAAACAGUUGCAUAAUACUUGGUCAACAAGUAUUGUAAACAACAUCAUUAUUAAUUAUACAUCUCUAUUGGGGGGCACUA